GUCAUAUUAGAUCGAAAUCGUUAGCGGUUUUUUUUUGUGUCGAAAGUGAAAUGAGGUCAAUAUAUUUUGCAUUUCUUAUUGCUGCAACCUAUGUUGGAGCAGAAACGAAGGCAAACAAUCCUUGCAGCGGAAUCCUCACAGGAAUCCUGGUGGUUCCUGAUGUGUGCUACCAGUUUAUCAUUUGCCAUUAUCAAGAAGCAGAAUUUGUGAAUUGUCCCGAAGGAGAAAUCUUCUCUGUGGAUUCGAUUUCGUGUGUUCCAGGUAACCAGGAAACUUGCGUUGAAGGGCUGCCUGCGGAACCAGAAGAAGACAAUCCAUGCCGCGGAAUUGUCCUGGGUAGAUUCCCUCAUCCGGAAAGUUGCACCAAAUACAACAGUUGCGUCUUGGGUCGGUUGAGGGAGAAUACUUGUCGAGAUGGAUUCAUAUUUUCCCGAACAGCGUUUAUAUGUUUGCCUGGGAAUUCGGAGUCUUGUGUAGUGCAGCUUAUACCAACAACAACUACGCCGGCACCAGGAAGCAUCCAACCUAUUCCCGUGGACUUCUGUAUUCGAAACAGCCGUCCGUUCGGAAGGUUGCCUCAUCCUCAGCUUUGUACACGCUUUGUUAGCUGCUUCUUUUGGGUACCAGCGGUAGGGGAGUGCCCAAGCUGGACGGUGUUCAACGAGAGACUGCGUGUCUGCAUCCCCGGUAACCCAAACAAUUGUGCAACGAUCCUCAAUCCGGAGGGAACAACGACCACCACAUUGGCGCCGAUAACCGACGAAAUUUGCGAGGGUAGACUGGUAGGACUGAUACCGCAUCCGCACUUCUGCUACAUGUAUGUGAGCUGUGUGCGAGGCGCCGCUACAGAACGUGAGUGUCCAAGGUACAAUGUGUUCUACGAACAGCAGUCGAUUUGCCGACCAGGUAACCAGGCUACGUGCACGAUAUAUGGAUUAAACUCCGAUUGA